UAUAGUUUAAAACCGACCUACAUUCUGUUUUAUAGUUUAAAACCUACCUAUAUUCUGGUUUAUAGUUCAAAACCUACCUACACUCUGUUCAUCAGUCCAGAACCUACCUAUAUUCUGUUUUAUAGUUCAAAAUCUACCUACAUUCUGUUUUAUAGUUUGAAACCUACCUAUAUUCUGUUUUAUAGUUCAAAACCUACCUACACUCUGUUCACCAGUUCAGAACCUAGCUAUAUUCUGUUAUAUAGUUCAAAACCUGACUACACUCUGUUCAUCAAUCCAGAACCUACCUAUAUUCUGUUUUAUAGUUCAAAACUUACAUACAUUCUGUUCUAUAGUCCAUAA